UCAACCGUCGCGCGAAGCAGUCAUGAAGACAUUCCUACUAUUAAUCGCCCUGGUGCUGAGAGGCGCCCAGAGUGGUGUUGUGGAAGCUCCAACACAUGGCGCCGUAAUUGUCGAAGAGAGUGGGACGUCAACACAGCACCGAAAUCAAGAUGUACACGGAAACUAUGACUUCGGCUACGAGGAGAAGCACACCAGCGGCGGCUCCUUUCGCCAAGAGUCCGGAGACGCGUACGGUCGCAAAUACGGCUCCUACGGCCUUACCGACGCCGACGGCCGCGUACGCAUCGUAAAGUACGUCGCCGACGAACACGGAUUCCGUGCCACCAUCACCACCAACGAACCGGGAACAGCCCCGUCUACCCCGGCUGGAGUAGCCAUCAACGUACCCCAGGAACCCACUGUUCCAGUGCCCGUGGCGCCGCCUCCCCAGAAGGUGAUUCCGGUGGCAACAACCUUCGAGGCUACGCCUGUCGGACCCCCUCCCGUCAUAUCCGCACCCGCCGUAUCCACUCCCGUCGUAUCCACUCCCCUUGUGUCCGCUCCCGUGGGUCCAGCACACUUUUUGUCCGGUCCAGCCGGUCCAGCUCCCGUAGCGACGUACGCUGCCGCUCCAGCAGUCACGACCUUCAAGAGAUUCCUCCCCGCGACAGGACCUGCGUACUCGUAUUCGCCAGCUCCGGUAUUCCAAUCCGGUCCCGCGUUCUCCUCCGUUUCGGCAGGUCCGGCUUUCUCCUCCGUUUCGGCAGGUCCGGCUUUCUCCUCCGUUUCGACAGGUCCCGCAUUCUCGUCUUUCGCGACCGGUCCCGGUUUCGGCCGCAGGGUCGUUGUGCGCACGGUCCCGGCCGCAGCCUUCAGCUCGGGCUUCGUGCCGACCCUGCCUUACUCCGGGGCCUCCAAGGUGGUCGUACGGAAAGCGGUGUUCCCGUCCUCCGGUUAUUACGGCGGCGGCGAGCUCCUCAAGUCCGCCUCCUACACCCCAACUACCGUUGUUGCGCCGGCGUACGGUACCAAAUUGUCCGGUCCAUCUUUCUCGUACGCCGCAGCGGCUUCGUCGGUGGUGCCGUCGGCCGUUGCCACUGUCGACCCGUGGCCUAAGACUGGGGCGAUUGCUGCCGAGCCGUGGGGCAAGUCGGCCGUCACUGCUGAGGAUCCAUGGCCCAAGACGGGGGCCACUUCCGCCGAGCCGUGGGCCAAGUCGGCCAUCAAUGCUGAGGACGAAUUGUCCAAGGACGUCGAGUACGGACCUUUUGGCACUAGGCUUGGAGCACGUUACAUUCGGCGAUAA